GUCACCAUCGUGGGGAUAAUUCGGCACGCGGAGAAAGCACCGACAAACAUUCUCUACAAAGUGGACGACAUGACGGCAGCCCCGAUGGAUGUCAGGCAGUGGGUGGACACUGAUGAGGCAGGUGGUGAGAACGUCGUGGUGCCUCCAGGAACCUAUGUGAAGGUGGCUGGUCACCUGCGCUCCUUCCAGAAUAAGAAAAGCUUGGUGGCAUUUAAGAUCAUGCCUCUGGAAAACAUGAACGAGUUCACCACACACAUCCUGGAGAUUGUCAAUGCACACAUGAUCCUCAGAAAUAAUCUUAUGUCGGCCUCACGAGCUCCUCAGUCCUUCUCCUCCAUGGGCAUGGGUGAUGUGGGAGGCUACACAGGAGCUGGCAACCUGCCCGUGAACGGGCUCACAGCACAUCAGAGCCAGGUGCUGAACUUGAUUAAGAACUGUCCAGUCCCAGAAGGUAUGAGUCUUCAAGAGCUGAAAGUCCAGCUCCACAAUAUGAGCAUGUCAACAAUCAAGCAAGCUGUUGAGUUCCUCAGCAGCGAGGGACACAUCUACUCCACUGUGGAUGAUGAUCACUACAAGUCAACGGAUGCUGAGUGA